AUGCCCGAUAAGAAGAGUUCUCCACCAGUAGUGGAUAAUCUCCUUUACUGUCGAAGUUCUGACUCACCAAUUAGAGUGGAUAAGACUUUACGUAAUCUCAGUCGACCUCAAGUGGAGUUACUAGUCAAUAAUCUCCCUACUAAGCAAGAAGAUCAUAACGAGAAGGAAUAUAUACGGUCAUUAGAGCCAUCUACCUAUAUUGAAGAAGAGCGAUUGAAUCGGUUUAAUGGAGCCCAAUCACGAGGCCAUGAACCUGGAAAAGUCCUGAAUUACUUUGAUACCAUUAAUGAGAAGCAUUACGAUAACGAAGAUAAUGAUAAUGAUAAUAAUAAUGAUAACGAUAAUGAUAACGAUAUAGAAUCGGUGACAGAAACCAUCAAUUCGUUUUCGUAUAUCGUUGUGGAUGAUGGCGAUGAAUCAACUGUAGUUCCAUCCCUAAAUGAGACUAAUGUAGUAACAAAUGGUACAACUGAUGAUGAUACAGAUUUCAAAUUAUCUUCACACUUACAAGCAUUAACUAAGAUAUUUGAUAUACUAGCCAAUCGACUGGAAGUGGAUCAUCCAUUAUCGGAAGAAUGUGCUUCACAACUAAUUGAAAACUAUAAACUCAAGUUUGAUCAGACUCAAAAGGAGAAAGAUAGUUAUUUAGCAUUUCUUAAGAAGUUAAAGGAUAGACAUCCUGAAGAUGUUGAUCUGAUUGAAAAAGUUGAAGAGUUGGAUACUAAAAUAGAACAUUCACUUGAUGAAUAUAAACGAUUAGCAACAGAAGAAAUUAAUUAUUUGAACAAUCUCAAGGAAUUAGAAGGUCAAAAAUCACAAUUGGAUGAAGAAUUAAAUCAAUUAAAAUCAGAACUUGAUGGUCUAUAUAAAAACAAUCUUAGUGAAAUUUUAAAUUUAAAGAAUAAACUUAAGAUGGAUCUUGAUAGGCAAAAUAAUAAACUUGAACAAUCAAAAGCAGCAUAUCGAAUGCAUUUAAAUCAUCUUGAUAAACUUCGAAAUAUGAAUAUUUAUAGUACGUUAUUCAAUAUAACCGUUGAUGAAGAUGAUAAAUAUGGUAUGAUUAAUGGAUUCCGACUUGGAUAUAAAGUCGUUUGGCCUGAAGUUAAUGCAGCAUUAGGACAAAUAGCUAUUUUAUUAACAUUUUUAAUUAAACGAUUACAAAUUAAAUUAAUUAAUUAUAAGUUAGUACCAUUAGGUUCAAGAUCAUAUAUUGUAAAAUAUACUGAGACUCCUACAGAAAGAACUAAAACAGUACUUAAUUUAUAUUCAUCAGAUGAAUUUUCGCUUGGGAAAUUAUUUAAUUAUAGUAAACUUGAUGUUUCAAUGAUUGCAUUAUUAGAUAUAGUAGCUCAAGUUGAAAGUAAAUUAAAUAAUAUUGAUCACGAGCUUGUACUUCCAUACGCCAUAUCAUCCCAUCGAGAUUCAAUUGGUAAUAAAAGUAUUAGAGUUACAACUAAUGGAGAAUGGACUCAUAGUUGUAAAUUUCUUCUUAUAGAUCUUAAAUGGAUCUUAAGUUAUGCUAGUGUUCAUGAACCAAUUUAG